AGCACUCGGCAGCUGCGAAGACAGGGGGCUGCUUCCCCGGGUGGGCGCUGGUAACGCUGGAGGACACCGUCUGGGUGCCGCCCAUCCACUUCCGCCCCUUCUUCGUCAGCCGCGUGCGCCCUGGACAUUUUGUGCUGGUGGCGGUGGCGGGGGGCGGCUUGCAGGCCGCUCAGGUGGUGGGGGUGCGGGACCAGAGGGACGUGGGAGCCUACGCCCCGCUGACGCGCCACGGGACACUAGUGGUGGACGGCGUGGUGGCCUCAUGCUUUGCCCUGGUGCAGGAGCAGUAUCUGGCACAGCUGGCUUUCUGGCCACUCCGGCUCUACCACAGCCUUGUGGGGUGGCCGGGGAUGCAGGGGGAUGGCAUGCACUGGUACUCGGGGCUGCUCUACCGCCUGGGCAGGUUGCUCCUGCCCCCUGACAGCUUCCACCAGAUGGGGGUUCCCCAGGGAGAGAGAUUGGCCAACAAUGGAGGUCUGAUAGAUGAGGGGGAGAAGAGAGAGUUGAGAGUUCCUGGCUGCAGGCUGCUCCCGCGGCGCUCCCAGCCUGCCUGCACCCAGCGGGAGGACUUUGGGAGAGGGGUCCCUUUGCUGGGCAGCCUGGUUGGAAGG